CCUCCCCACCCUUCUCCUCUCCGUCGCCGUAGAUCCACCGCCGCCGCCGCCGCCACCGCCGCCGACGACGAUGGGCUGCCUGCUGGCGCUCACCGACGACCUCCUCGCGGACAUCCUCAUCCGCCUGCCGUCGCCGGCGGACCUCGCGCGCGCCUCCGCCUCCUGCGCCUCGCUCCGCCGCGUCGUCACCUCCCCGCGCCGCCCCGCCCGCGCGCUCGCCCUCGCCGCCGACUUCUCCUUCGCCUUCCUCCCGGCCCCCGCGCGCGCCUGGCUCGUCCGCGACCACCGCGACGGCCGCUUCCUCCUCGACCGCGCCGCGCCCGCCGGCUCCACGGCCUUCACCGAGGUCGCCGUCUGCGACCCGCUCUCCCGGCGCUGCCUCCUGCUCCCGCCCAUCCCCGACGCCCUCGCUGCCGCCGUCGAGAACCCCUACCUCCAGCGCGGCGGCGACGAUGGAGGGCUCCAGUCGCGCAGCAACGAGAUCUUCCUUGCUUCUCGCGGGAACGACGGCCGCGGGGAGGAGCUGCCGUUCGCCGUCAUCUGGAUGGCCUGCUGCCGAGGGAAGCUGGUCGCCUUCUCCUACUGCUCUGGAUCUCGGGAAUGGAGAGCGCUUUCGCCGCCGGUGCACCACGCGCUGAGCAUGCGGAGAGUCAUGGGUGUCCGACUGGGGCAACGCAACCAUGCCCAUGGGUGCUUCUACUGGAUGAUAACUCUCACCCGGAGGUGGCUUGUGCUGGACACCUGCAAAAUGGAGUUCUCCAUCCUCGACAUUUCGCCUGUCCUGGCAGGCCGCUCGAUGAUGUUCAGUAAUCAGAUCACCACUCUGGAGUCAGGAGAAGGCAGGACAACCGUUGUGGUCUCGGAUCUUUUUAGGGCGGAUAAAAGAUGUGUCCUCUACUUUUAUUCGUUCAUGCAUUUCAGUGACCGGUGGCAGCUGCAGAACAAAAUCACCUUGCCUGAGGAAUGGGGAGACCGGUUUCGAGGCAUCAUAGGUGCAUUUGAGGGCUGCUUAUAUAUAAAGCUAGAUCAUCCAAAGCAGAACUUGGGAGAUCCUGUUGAGAAAAAUGUCACAUACUUUUGGUUCGAUCUCAAGACUAUGCAGGUUGGUAGGUUCACUGAGAUAAGUGCUGCUACUGUGAACGAAGCCUACCUUUACACAGGGUUUCCCCCAUCUCUGUCACUUCCUAGUGUUUGAUGCGAUGGACGGCUGAUUUCUGGAUUGGCUGGUUCCUUGGAGCUGGAAAAGGGUGCAUGAGUAAUGUGUCACUCUUUACAGCCUCAUUGUCUUUACUAGCAUUCUUGUAUCGGUACAACUGUUAUGGGGAAUUGUUGCAGCCUUGGAAGUGGGGAAUAGAACAGGAUUCACUUGGAUUCCUUUUUGAGGAGCACCAAUUCAAAAUGAUUUGGAUGUAUCAUUUAAUGUUCCAUUGUUCUCAUACAAUCGUACCAGCAGUUAUGUGUCACAGUAGGGUCUGAUGGAGCCCAGUCGAAUGUUGAUGCAUGCAAAUUUCAGCUGUAUGCAUUAGUUCCUAGUUGGAGUUUUGCCUUCAACCAUUAGAUUUCCUGAGGUUCAAUGUUGUAUGCACUAUGUAGUGCUUUUGUUAGAUUUAGGCUUUGUAUGUCUUUCCAUAUACGCUUUAGAAAAAUUCUA